AUGGCGACUGACGAAUCCAUCGGUGAUUUUAUCAUCAUUGGUCUUGAUUUUGGGACCACAUAUUCGGGAAUAGCUUGGACUUAUUCAAAGGACCCCCAAGAUAUCAAUGUUGUCAGGAACUGGAACGCAGAGUUCAGUCAUUGCUCAGAAAACAUAAAGGCACCAACCCAAUUGUUUUACAGCGGCGACAGAGACCCUUUUUGGGGUUAUUCUAUACCUGCCGAGAAUGAUGCUCUGAAGUGGUUCAAGCUUCUGAUUCUCGAUGAAGAGUACAUCUCUGCUCAUGUGGGCAGUUCUUCUCACCUUCAAUACGCCAGAGAGCUCUUGAAGACCAUGAAGAAGGAUCCCAUCGAAGUUAUUGCGUGCUUCUUGCGCAAGAUCUGGAACCACGCAAUUGAUUCCAUUACUAGCUGCAUUGGGCCUCAACUACUGAAGAAGUCGAGAUUCCACGUAGUGGUUACACACCCCGCCAUCUGGCCUCCCUACGCACAGCAACGUAUGAAGCAGGCUGCCAAAGCUUCCGGCAUUCUCGAUCCUAGACCCUGCGGCGACACUAUAGUUUGCUUUAUCUCCGAGCCGGAAGCGGCAGCGCUGGCUACCAUGAGGGAUCUUUCGAAAAUAUUAACUAUGGAGGCGGAGGACACUGUGAUCAUAUGUGAUGCUGGAGGCGGCACAGUGAAGGAUCUAUGCAGCUAUGUGGUUAAGUCCACCGAACCGGUUGUGGUUCAAGAAUGCGUCAAAGGCGACGGUGUAAGUCUUGCAGAUCAGAAUGUGUUUCUGAAUGAUAAAUGGGAGCACAAUAUCAAGAAACAGUUCUUGAACGACAACCGCAGGACUUGGCUAGUUGAGUUGCCUGUCAGCAGCAGCGGUUCAAUUUCUGACAGAAGGCGACGAAAGAUACUUCAGCUUAGUUCGGAUGAUAUCUUCACUGUUUUUGAUCCCAUUAUUAGUAAGAUCGAGGCACUUGUUCGUCGUCAAAACGGUGCUAUUCAAUCGAAAUACGGCAAGCCAGCCAAGUACAUUAUCCUGGUUGGUGGACUCGGUCGUAAUUCCUUCCUUUUCAACAGACUUCAGGAUAAAUUCAAGGCGACGGUGCUACAAUCCCCAGAAGACAAACCCUGGACGGCAAUUUGUCGCGGUGCCGUCAUGCGUGGCAUCACUAGCCACAGGCUUUCAGCAAGUCUUGGAGUAGAGAUUGGCUCCCGAGUUGCCCGAAGAAGCUACGGGGUAUUGACAGACAUCCCAUUUCGUCCAGACGAGCAUCUUGAAUCCGAAAAGUUCUGGUCAAACGACAGUCAGAUGUGGCGGGUUCCCGGCUAUAUGCAAUGGUUCGUGUACAAGGGAGACAAUAUGCUUACGGAGGGUCUGGUUCGACGCAAAUUUGGGCAACUAUGUUCUGAAAACACUGGUCGUGUCCAUCAGAUCAUCUUCGCUUGCUCUAAGUACCCUCCGCCCAACGUACGUGACGGAACUGUUCAGCAGCUGUGUGUGAUUCAAUGGACACGCACCAUAAACGUCGGGUUGCUCCCAACAUACACCGACUCCCUUGGGAAAGUCUCUCAUAGGCUUGAAUACGAGGUCGAAAUGACUUGUAAAGACGGAACCGCGGAAUUCACGGUUUAUUUUGAGGGCCAACGCGUUGGUGCCAACAACGUUGAAGUCUAG